AUGAAUAAAAAUCUGGAAAACGCUGAAAACGAUGGAAUAAGUGAAAGUCCAUCGAACUGCACAUAUUGCUACACUCUUACCUGCUCGCUUCGCAUCGAAUCCACCUCGUCGUCGAAGAAAAAAACGCCGAUCAAUGCGAAAAAUGCAAUUUUGACAGUUGGAAGGAAUUCUAAUAGAAAAAUCCACCUCCAAAUCGAGCUAAAAACCAGUCAAACUGGCCAACCGGCUGUUGUCAGCUACGAUGCCACCGAUGCCGUCGUUCAUUUGCAAAAUGUGGCGAAUGGAAAGUGUACUGUAGAGAUUCCAUCGAUGUCGAUUAUGCUGCAAAUGUUCAAUUGUGCACCGCGGAAAUUGAACGUUUUUAUGAAGUCCCUUCAAGCGAAAUUGGAUAUUAUGAAGGCUGAAAAACAGCCAAUUUCAGCAGUCUCAAAAAAUUUCUCACGACCACCUGCAGUGUUCAAUGUGCUCAGUCCACUUACAGUAGGCGAGAUGAGAAAAGUGAAAAAACUCCGUGAACCAUCGUCCCUAGCUUCUAGCGCCUCGACGUCUUCAAACGGCUCCAAAACGGCGACGACGCCAAAACGACGAAACUCGACGAACCAAAAUCUCGAAAAUCGAAUUUUAAAUCGAUCGAUUAGCCUAAAACGAAUGACUAGCUUUGCCAGAUGUGACAAGGAACAAUCCGAGGCGCUGACCUCUCUAAAACCUCUCAAAGACGCCCCAUCGAUAACAGAGCGAAUCCAAUUGACCAACGAGCAAAAAUCCGUCGUUCGAUGUGUGAUUAAUAGUCGUGUCAGUGUAUUCUUCACGGGGAGCGCUGGAACUGGAAAAUCGGUUAUUUUGAGGAGAAUCAUUGAAAUGCUGCCUGCCGGAUCCACAUAUAUAACUGCGGCUACAGGUGUUGCCGCUUCUCAAAUCGGUGGUAUCACCCUCCACGCGUUUUGCGGAUUCCGUUAUGAAAACGCUACCGCUGAGCAAUGUCUUCAACAGGUGCUUCGGCACACGCAUAUGGUCAAACAAUGGAAACAAUGCGCUCAUCUGAUAAUCGACGAAAUCUCAAUGAUCGAUUCGGAAUUCUUCGAAAUUCUAGAAUACGUGGCACGGGCGGUCCGGAACAACGACGAGCCGUUCGGCGGAAUUCAAUUGAUUAUCACUGGCGAUUUCUUUCAACUGCCGCCAGUCACCAAGGAUAAUAAAGAGCCGGUGUUUUGUUUUGAGAGCGAAGCAUGGAGCCGAUGUGUUCAGCUAACGAUAGUGCUGAAAAAUGUGAAAAGACAGAAUGAUAUGGAAUUUGUCGAAAUUUUGAAUUCGGUAAGAAUUGGAAAAUGCGAUCAAUUAUCGGCGGACCGCCUUCAAGCCUCCUCCCAAAACGAAUUUCCCGCCCACGUGAUCCCAACGAAGCUCUGUACGCAUUCAGAAGACGCCGAACGCAUCAAUCAGACGUCACUUCAGAAUUCAGAAGGCGUCCAGAAGACGUUCCACGCCUACGACGAUUCAGAAUUCAACGACGCGAAAUGUCGAACGAUGGCUGUGAAGACGUUGAUUCUGAAGGAGGGAUCACAAGUGAUGUUGAUUAAGAAUUUGGACGUUUUCAAGGGAUUGUGUAAUGGUUCGAGAGGAUUUGUGGAGAAAUUUGGAGAAAAUGGAAACCCGAUUGUGCGAUUUGUGGCACAAAAUGUGGCUAUUGAGAUUCGUCGAUCGAAAUUCUCGAUUCGUGUCCCAGGAAGUGACGUUCCAUACAUCCGUCGACAGUAUCCCCUUCAGCUGGCAUGGGCCAUCUCAAUCCAUAAAUCCCAGGGAAUGACACUGGAUUGUGCUGAAAUUUCGCUGGAGCGCGUUUUCGCCGACGGCCAGGCCUACGUGGCACUGUCGAGAGCCAGGAGCCUGGCGGCAAUUCGAAUUACUGGAUUUGAUGUUUCGUGUGUGAGAGCGAAUUCAAAGGUUAUCGAUUUUUACAAAUCGAUCGAGAACGACUACCAUUUGAACGACGACGAUGGUGACGACGAUCGAUUAUCGAUUUCAUCGAAAAUCAAGAGAUUCCGAUCGAUUUAA